GCUAUUUGUUGCUAUGUUUCAUUGGGACAAGGGCCAAAUUCCUUGAGAAGUAGGCAACACCAAUGGACAAACGUUGUCCAACUACAAAGAUUUCAAGAAUCCCACAUCCUAAAUAACAUGCAACAUAGAUACGUCGACAUAAAAUAUAGUUUGUGGAGUAAAAGAAAAGAAAUUCAAAUAAAAAGUGCAAUAAAUUGAAGCAACAGUUACUCGUGAAAAAUCCUCAAAUAAAACCAAAGGCUCUCUCUCUACUCCCUCACUCUCCAAACUCGUGAGCCAAAGAGCUCCUUCAAUUUCACGAGCUUCUCAGACCUCCUUCCCCCCUUCAAAUACCCCUUUCCUUCCCUUCAACAUGACCCAUCACUUUCAACAUCCACCAUGGAACUCAAAUCUCCACUCUUCUUCGUCUUCGUCUUCCUUCUGUCUCUGUCUCAUGCACACGACAAUAUCCAGACCUACAUCGUGCAGCUCCACCCCGACUGCCCUUCCCAUUCCUACUUCCCCUCUAAGCUCCACUGGCACCUCUCCUUCCUCGAUAAAUCCAUUUCGACAGAUGAGGAUUCGUCGUCGCGCCUCUUGUAUUCCUACGGCCCCGCCAUGGAAGGCUUUGCUGCUCGCCUCUCGCCUUCCGAGGUCGAGAUGCUGAAGAGGUCACGUGAGGUUGUGGCAGUGCGGCCAGAUAGAAAGCUCGAGAUUCACACUACUUAUUCCUACACCUUCUUAGGGCUGAGCCCCACGAGAGAAGGUGGCGCGUGGGCUGAGUCCCGCUUCGGCCGGGGCUCAAUCAUAGCCGUGCUCGACACCGGAGUCUGGCCGGAGAGCCCGAGCUUCGACGACCGGGGUAUGCCGCCGGUUCCUCCGAGGUGGAAAGGAAUAUGCCAACAAGGGCAGGGCUUCAAUGCUUCAAACUGUAACAGAAAGAUCAUCGGCGCGAGAUACUUCAGCAAAGGCCACCGUGUGGCCUCACUGACGUCCUCACCCGACGUUGUAGCAGAAUAUGUGUCGCCCCGCGACUCCCACGGCCACGGAACACACACGGCCUCAACCGCCGGCGGAACUCCUGUCUCGAUGGCAAGCGUGCUCGGAGGUGGAGGCGGUACGGCUCGAGGAAUGGCCCCAGCUGCGCACAUUGCUGUGUAUAAAGUGUGCUGGUUCAGUGGCUGCUACAGCUCAGACAUUCUUGCAGCCAUGGAUGAAGCCAUCAGAGAUGGAGUGGACGUGCUUUCUCUCUCGUUGGGAGGCUUCCCGGUGCCCCUCUACGAGGACACUAUAGCCAUCGGUAGCUUCCGAGCUAUGGAACAUGGCAUAUCAGUGAUAUGUGCUGCAGGAAACAAUGGCCCAAUUCAGAAUUCUGUUGCAAAUGAGGCUCCUUGGAUCGCAACCAUUGGGGCAAGCACCCUCGAUAGAAGGUUUCCGGCCGUGGUUCGACUAGGUAACCGGAAGCUUCUAUACGGAGAAUCCAUGUACCCGGGGAAAGGAAUCGCAGCUGCUCAGAAAGAGCUCGAGCUGGUAUACAUCACAGGCGGCAAUAAAGGCAGUAACUUCUGCUUGAGAGGGUCUCUUCCAAGGGCAAAGGUACGAGGCAAGAUGGUCGUCUGCGAUCGCGGUGUUAAUGGGAGGGCCGAGAAGGGUCAGAUAGUAAAGGAAGCCGGUGGUGCAGCCAUGAUCCUAACCAACACCGAGAUAAACUUGGAAGAAGAUUCAGUGGAUGUCCAUGUCCUCCCAGCAACACAGAUCGGUUCUGACGAAGCGUUUCACCUCAGAAGCUACAUAAACUCGACGAAACUGCCUAAAGCAAGAAUCAUCUUUGGAGGUAUGGUCAUAGGGAAGUCCAGAGCACCUGCAGUUGCGCAGUUUUCAUCGAGAGGGCCAAGUUACACUGACCCUUCAGUUCUGAAGCCAGACAUGAUCGCCCCGGGGGUCAACAUCAUUGCUGCGUGGCCUCAAAACCUCGGCCCGAGCGCCCUUCCAGAAGAUUCUAGAAGAGUGAACUUCACUGUCAUGUCAGGAACAUCCAUGGCAUGCCCCCAUGUCAGUGGAAUCGCAGCACUGCUUCACUCGGCUCAUCCAAAAUGGACGCCUGCCGCCAUCAAAUCUGCACUCAUGACGACUGCAGAUAGGCACGAUCAUCAAGGAAAACCAAUAAUGGAUGGAGAUAAGCCUGCUGACCUCUUUGCAACUGGAGCAGGGCAAGUGAAUCCCGGAAGAGCAAUCAGUCCGGGAUUGAUAUACGAUAUCCGACCAGACGACCACAUUACUCACCUAUGCACUCUUGGAUACAGAAGAUCAGAGAUAUUCAGCAUCACUCAGAGGAACGUUAGCUGCCACGACCUCUUGAAGAAUAACAAGGGUUUCAGCCUCAAUUAUCCCACAUUUUCGGUCAUCUUCAAAAAUGGAGAUACAAGAAAGACGAUAAAAAGACAAGUAACAAACGUGGGCAGGCCCAAUUCCAUCUACUCGCUGGAACUGAAGGCACCUGAGGGAGUCACAGUGAGAGUUAGACCACGUCGCCUGACAUUCAGACGUGUGAACCAAACUCUGAGUUACCGAGUUCGGUUCAUAUCAAAGAAAAGAAUCAAGACAAAGGAUACGAGGUUCGCAGAAGGGCACCUGACAUGGGUGAACACGAGAAGCUAUAACCGGGUUCGCAGCCCAGUUUCAGUGACAUGGUCAUCAACAAAGUGACAUAUAAUCAUUCUUAUAAAGAAUGCAUUUUACAGUAUCAUACCUAGUUUCAUUUCCGACAUGGAGAGUUAGGAUCGAAUAUGAGAUAUCCAUCAACCCAUGUAUUCAAAAGGUAGACUAUCUCUCAGUUAGGGCAGAAGAUAGUUCACAAUACACAAUUUGAGAAUGCAAGCUUUCCCAUUGCUACACAUCUUUGCUCAAGUGGUUCAGUCAAUCAAAUCCUACUUAAUCAACGAGUUAAAACAAACAAAGUGAUAUGCAAGUAGCAAAACCCUUCAUAUCUUGAGGGGCAUCUUAUCAAAUGGCAUUUACCUUCUCAAUAUGUCUCAAAUGUAGUAGAUUUUCAACCUAAUUACACCAUUUGAAUGAAGAUAAACAGAAAUGUUACUCCUAUCAAGAUCGAUUUAUAUCUUUUUGAUUUGAAAAGAAAACCUAUGUAGAAAUCCCCAACAUUAAGUAUAUUUCAAAGUUGCUUCUUUAUUAUUGAAACAAAAUGCAUUGAAAACAACUGAGUAUCCAAGUUUGUAACUUUGGGUAAGGAAACAAAAUGCACAAAAGGGUAAUUUAAUAAUUUCUUCGUCUUACUGAGCAACGCAACGAGCUUCAAUUGGCUACUAAUUAAAACAAAAAAGACAUUGAAACUAAAUUAGCCAAAUACCUAACAAACAAACAGCUGGAAAGAGAGAGAUAUGAAGGGGGCACCUGGAGCGCAGAGCGGUGGUGGGAGCAAUGGAGAUAGGAGAAGACAAAGCCAGAGACUGCAGAGCUGCCAUAUUGGUCUCACAUAAACGAGAGAAGAUUGACAGAAAAGGGAGGUAUCUUGAAGAAUUUAAAAAUUAUACACUGUAUUUUAUUAAAAAUUAAAAAAUGCAUAAUUGAAUAUGAUUGGAUAUUUUAUUGGACUAUUGUAAGUUAGUGUAAUUUAUUACACCCAAAAAUUUCCCUUUGCAGAUUGGAGUUCUAGAAUGUGUCUCGUAGAUCAUGCAGAUAUCAAAGUGACGUCAAUAUUUUUCCCAUUUGGGCAAAAGUUUAUACAUACAGAAUACAGUAUACUAACUCACUUUGCAUGUACAUAAAUACUUUUGAUAGUUGCUACUCUUUGUACCUAAUGAAUUAGUAGUUCCUUUGAAACCAUCUCAUCAAAUUAUAUGCAUAUUUUAGGUAUAUUGAUAAUUAUAUGAAAUCUAUGGACUAUGCUAACUCCAAUUAGUCCACAAAUUGAUCUUACAUCAAACUCCGAACUAAAGUCCAGUAAUGAAU